GAUCGGAGUUCUGCCUCGCAUCAAUAUCUAGAACCAGGCAGAGAGGCAAAUUCCCAUCAAUGCACUUAUGGGUAUCGGGAUGAUAGGCUUCUAGAAGAGAAAUAUCAUUUUUAUUAUUGGACAAAUAUUGAAAAUAUACAUGAUCAUUGUAACCAGGCUCAAAAUCAAGCGCCAAGCCAAAAGAAAGUAAACGAUGUGAUAGUAUCCCAAGUAAUCGAUGUGGUAGUACCCAAAAGUGAUCGAUAUGGUAGUACCCAAAAGUGGUACCCAAAAGUGAUCGAUGUGAUAAGAAAGAGAGCAGAAAGAUGGAAAGACUUAGGAGAAUACAAGAAAAAAAAGUGGGAUGGCAUUCAAGAUGGCAUCCAAGACGAAGCAAAUAACCUAUUGAAUGGAAAAACAGGAUAUGGGAACAGCUAA